UUGAACAAUGUCAAUGUUUCUGAUUGUUAUGGUUUAUAAGUAUAUAUAAUGAUAGAAUAAAGAUCACGCUAUACUUUAUAUUGUGCAUUUGAACAUUCUCUAUUUACCAUGUAUUUGUAUGUAUUUUUCUUCUUCUUCGUCGCUGUAAUCUCAGCUGAAGCCUCACCAACAUUGCCUAGACAUUUCAGUAAAGCGCACGAUAAGUGCCAAUCCGACCCAGCCUCACACGUUGAUGAAGCGAUUUUAGAUCAAGUGAGACGUGGCGAAAAAGUAAGUGCUCCUAAUCUGCCGAAACACACUCUCUGUAUGAAUAUAGAAACUGGAGUUCAAAGCCAAAAUGGAGACAUAAUUGUGGAAAAUCUGAGAAAACUUCUGGAGAGUGCUGGAGCUGAUAAAGAGAAAGUAGACGAAGCUAUAAGCAAAUGUGGUACUAGGUCUUCUGCUAUCGCCGAAGAAGCUGCUGUGGCUUUAACAAACUGUGUCAUAAAAUAUAGACCUGUACGUCAACAUCAUGACUAAACGAUUCUGUACCAUAUUUUUUAUUUGUGAAUAUAUAUUUUGUGUCUUA